CUCUUAAAUUAAUUUGUCCAAUCAAAUUGACGAUCGGUUGCUUGGCGGUGACACAAGCGGGAAGUAUGGCGGCUACAAACGGAGCGAUUGUCAGUGAUGCGAUUGUUCAAAUGUCAAAUUACGAAGGUCCUGGAGUAUUGGAUCUUUCAAAUCAGGGUCUUCACAAACUGGAUUCAAUGUUUCUCUGUCCAGCGGAGACCCAGACUCUUAUUUUGGACCAGAACCACAUUAUUAAACUGGAACACACAGAGAGAAUUGAAGCUCUUCAGCAGCUUUCUGUGGCCUGCAACCGUUUAGUGCGCAUGAUGGGCGUCUCAAAGCUAACAAACUUACGAGUGUUGAACCUCCCGAACAACAGCAUUGGAUAUAUUGAGGGCUUGAAGGACCUGAUUCACCUCGAAUGGCUCAAUCUCUCUGGAAACAAUAUAAAGGUCAUCGAGCAAUUGAGCAGCUGUGUUUCUCUUCAACAUCUGGAUCUGUCAGACAACAAUAUUUCUCAAACUGGAGACCUCACAAAGCUUUCAGCUUUAAAGACACUUCUUCUGCAUGGAAACAUCAUCACGACUCUGUGUACUGUUCCUGCUCAUCUGCCGUCGAGUCUAACUGUCCUGUCUCUAGCGGAGAAUGAGAUUAGAGAUAUCGCUGAGAUGUCAUAUUUGGCGCCACUACACAGCCUUGAGCAGCUGUCAGUCAUGAGUAACCCUUGUGUCAUGGCCACCCCGUCUGUGCCCGGCUGUGAUUAUCGCCCGUACGUGGUGAGCUGGUGCCUGAAUUUAAAGGUGCUGGAUGGAUAUGUAAUUUCACAAAAAGAGGCACUGAAAGCUGAAUGGCUCUACAGUCAGGGGAAAGGUCGAAUGUUUCGCCCUGGGCAGCACGCACAACUGCUCCAGUAUCUGGCCUCCACGUGUCCCCUGACAGCCACAACUGCCUUACAAUCUGCAGAGGAUGCUAAACUUGAAAGAAUCCUCAGCAAACAAAGACAACAUCAGCGACAACUGCAACAAACGCGCUACUGCAGUUCCCCGAGUCCAUCUCGGCCCACGUGUCUAGACGUGCAGCAGGGGCGCGUGCACAGGACUGGAGAUGAUAAUGUCAUGGCUCAUGCAGAUGUAAUAGAUCCAGGAAUUCAGAUGGACACGUGGAUCGGUGCUGCAUAUUCACCUGCUAUUGCUGCCACCCGCCCUCCACCCGUGGCCACAGACGCUCUGGUUUUGCAGGAUGUGUCGGAUGAGGAGAAGCUUGAUGGCAAGCCGCUCUCUUCUGAAUCUGCCUUUCUACCCUUUAACUCUUCAGUUCAGCCUUCUUCACCUCCUGAAAGCUGCGACGAGGAGUUUGAUGAUUCUUUAGCUCCGGCCACGUCGGUUCAGUGCCGCCCGUGUGAGGAGGAGACGGCCGCUGUCAAAAGCGAUACGCAGGAGGACGUGGAGUUCAGCAGGACACAGGAGGCAGCUGUGAGGAUUCAGUCCUGGUGGAGGGGAAACUGGGCGCGCCACAAUCACUCACAUGCCAGAGAAGUGCGCGCUGAGAUCCGCCUGCGCAGGAUGCAGGACUACAUCAUCCAUCUGAGAGGAGAACUGGAGAGACUGCGCAAACAACAAGAAGAAGAGCGACUGCAGAGACGCGUGCAGGAAGAAGCUGUAAAGUUCCUAUGGAAGCAGCUUCAGAUUGUGCUGGAAUGGCAGGCAUCAGUCAACCAGCAACUCAGCGUUGUGCAGAAUUUGGCUUUGGAUCCCAGCGUUCCCACUGCUGCUCCGGUGCCCACCCACAACUCCAUCUCUGAAUCUGGCUUUCAUUCUCCUGGUGAACGACAGGGGGCGCCAGAGAAAAGCCUGAGCAGUGCAGCCGGCUCACCUGAGACCGUGCGAUCUCUGGUUAAUGUGACGCCAACCGCUGGAGACAGUCUGUUAGAGGAGUAUCUCUCAUCUGUACAGAGACAAGAGGAGGAAGAAGAGGCUAAAGGAGCAGGGGACAGGCCUUCAACACCAUGUGACCGCUCUUCUAACACACUUAAAGAGCUCUUGAUCUCACCUGACAUGGACAGAUUGAAAGUAGCUGAAAGUCAUCAAUCUUAGCCAGUACAGUAACUUACACAUUCUGUCAGGCUGCCUUGUCCCUGAAAUUGUGCGAGAACUUGAGUUCAACUUGAUCUUUUAUUGGUUAACUUAAAGAUUUGUGGGAGAUUUAGUGAGAUUGUCACUAAAUGGAUGUCGCAGCUUUUCUUCUGACCAACUGUGAAUUAAAUGCAUACAUGGACAUUUUAAUGAAAUUACGUACAACUGUCUUAAAUAUUCUUUCAAGUGCACUAAAUCUUUAUGAACCCAGAGUGCCACGGUCUUCCUGUGCAUUUGUCAGUAGAUAUGUUUCGAGACAACCAGAAGUAACCUUAGAAGCAGUAGAAGGGCAUGCAGGGCAGUCGGUUGAUUUCAUAUAGCUAGUUUGCUGUUUGAACCUCAUAAGGGUUAAGAGAUUCUUUUAAAAAUACUGUGUGUGUCUGCUGCAUGUGUCAUAUCUGACAUAUGCAAUGAGUGUUAAUUUAUUUCACCUUUUGUUCUAUGUCAGAUAUUUAAAAAAAAAAAUGAGAAUGCACUUUUUAUAAAUAAAAAGGUUAGUCCUUAACCAAUUCCAUCAA